GCUGUAUUCGUGGUUUUCCAAGCUGUGUCGGUUUUUAACAGACAUCAAAGCGCGCGAACCGCGAUCCUUCGCGUAGUCUCCCACACAUUCGUGUGACCAGUUGCGCCCAGGAUUGCGGAGGCAACGGACGUUUCGCUAUUUUCAUAGAUCGUGACGUCUACUGUGUAGCGUAUCUUCAUCAAAAGAAAUCCCAUGAAAACAGCAUGGCUGUUAAUGAUGCCUGGGAAAUAAUUGAAAACUCUUUUUCUGUUCAAUGUUCUAUUGACGAAUUAAAAAGGAGAAGAAAUUCGUGAGACAUUCGUAAACAAGUGUAGGAGAAAGCGCAAACGGGUUCGCAAAUUGAGUACUGAACCCAUUUGCACAGCAAAAAAAAGGCUUUUUGGCGGGAACGCGAGGUGUGAAGUUGUGCGAUUUGUUUUAAUUUGUCUAUUUAGUGUUUCUUCAAGUUUAAAUGUGUAAUACCGAUGGUUUAUUAACUGUUUAAUAUCUGUAAAAGUGCACAAAUGUGGGAAAAUGAAACAAAACUGCUGGAUGUAACUUCUAGGGAUCCUCCAAAAAGUCCACUAAAAAAAUUUCAGUAAAUGACCACCAUUUUACUGAGAUUAUACUUCAUCCCAUAUCAUCUCAUCUUAUGUAAUUUCAUUUCGUUUUCAUUUCACUUCAUACCAUGUUUCAUAAUAAUGAACUUCAUUUCAUUUCUUAAUAUCAUUUUCAUAUAAAAAAGUUACGUCAUUAAAAUUAAAAUAAGACUUGACCUAAAGGUCUUAGUUACCAGAUCAUAAAAUCAAUUAAAAAAAAAAGAAAUUAGAAAUAUUAUUGGGUGUUUUUUAGAUUUAUUUUUUAAGAAUCUAAAACUAAACCAAAAUUAACAUUAGCAACAUGAAAUGUAAAAAAUGCAAUUCAUCUUCUGCAUUAAUUAUCUUAAGAAAAAAAGAUUUGUAUUGCAGAGAGUGCUUCCUAGCAAAUGUAACUCAUAAAUUCCGUUCUAGCAUCGGAAAAAAUAAAAUAUUAGGAAAGGCAGAUAAUGUUUUGAUCUGUUUGUCGGGGAAGGAAGGCUCAACGGUUUUAUUAGAUUUGAUUAAUAAUGCGUUAUCCCUUGAUAACCACAAGAAACUACGAAUAACUCCAAUUUUUCUACACUUGUGUGAAAACUACGAAACAAUAAAGAAUGUAAUAGAACAAUGUCAAAAGUACAAUUAUGACCUAUAUUCACCACAUAUAUCAGAAUAUGUUCAAUCCAAAUCUCAUAUACCAAUUGUGAAUUCUUUACCUAUUGUAAACAAUGAACUUAUAGAAGAGUACAAUAACAUGCAAAAUAGCAUGUUACCAACAGUUAAAGAUGAUUUCAUAACUAAUAUUAAGAGAACUUUAUAUAUUAGAUAUGCAAAGCUUUUGAAUUGCAAAUAUAUUUUCACUGGUGAAACAACAACCACUUUGGCCACAAAAUUACUUGUAAAUUUAGCUAUUGGACGUGGCUCUCAAGUACAAAGUGAUGUGGGAUUUUUAGACAGUAGAGAUAUGGAAAUCAAAAUUAUUAGACCUAUGAAAGACAUAAGUGAAGAGGAAUUAAAACUUUAUAUCAACUCUAAGAAUCUUAAAGUAAAUGAUAAACAAACAUCCAAAGAGAAUGAGCACACUAGCUUGCAAACAGUAAUUAGUACUUUUGUAAGCAGUUUGCAAGAAAAUUUUCCUUCCACAAUUUCAACAAUAUGUAAAACUGCUGAUAAAAUUGGAUUACAAGAUGAAUGUGACAAUGAAAGGCAUAAUAUGUGUGUUAUUUGUCAAAGCAUCUUGAAACCUGAUGAGAAAGCAAUCUCAGCUUUAGAUGCAACAAGUAUUUCCAAAAUAGUUUCAUUGAGAAAACAUACAGACUCUGCUAUAGAUGUGGACAUGGAGAAAAAUGUUAUUAACUCAACAAUAUUUCCUUAUAUUCAUAAUCGUCUAUGUUAUGCUUGCAGUAGAAAUUAUGCAGAAAUUAAACAAAGCAAAAUACCAAGUUACAUUAUCGAAACACAAAAAUAAAGAAGUGCAAACUA